UCCAGUCGCAACCCCGCUUCUUUGCUUCCAUCGUUGCGCCGCCACUCCGAUGGGUAGAGUCAUCCGAGCUCAGAGGAAGGGAGCAGGAUCGGUUUUCAGAUCCCACACACACCACCGUAAGGGCGCGGCUCGUUUCCGGAGCCUCGACUUCAGCGAGCGCAAUGGCUACCUCAAGGGCGUGGUGACCGAUAUCAUCCACGACCCCGGCCGCGGCGCUCCGCUUGCUCGCGUAACUUUCCGCCACCCGUUCCGGUACAAGCACCAGAAGGAGCUCUUCGUUGCCGCUGAAGGUAUGUACACCGGCCAGUUCGUGUACUGCGGCCGUAAAGCCUCUCUCAUGGUCGGCAAUGUCCUGCCUCUCCGCUCUAUCCCUGAGGGUGCAGUGGUAUGUAACGUCGAGCACCACGUUGGUGAUCGUGGUGUGCUUGCUAGGGCGUCAGGAGACUACGCCAUCGUCAUCAGCCAUAAUCCUGAUAACGGCACUUCGAGAAUUAAGCUCCCAUCUGGUGCAAAGAAGAUUGUUCCAAGUGGUUGCCGUGCCAUGAUCGGGCAGGUCGCAGGUGGUGGUAGAACUGAGAAGCCUCUCCUCAAAGCUGGCAAUGCCUACCACAAGUAUAGGGUGAAGAGGAAUUGCUGGCCGAAGGUCCGAGGUGUCGCCAUGAAUCCUGUGGAGCAUCCCCAUGGAGGAGGAAACCAUCAGCAUAUUGGCCAUGCCUCGACAGUUCGGCGAGAUGCUCCUCCCGGCCAGAAGGUUGGUCUCAUUGCUGCCAGGAGAACUGGUCGCCUCAGGGGACAGGCUGCCGCUACUGCUGCCAAGUCAGAGAAGGGUUCUUAGAUUGCCAGGUUUUUUUCUGGACCUUUUCUUCAUCUUUUUAUUGCAAGUGGAUAUUAUUUUGCUCAAAAUAUUUAUAAGACUUGAAAGUUUUGUAGUUCUUCUGUUGAAAAACUUUGGAGAUCUCUGUAUCUCUCUGUGUUGUUUGAACUUGUUUGUCAAACUAGUGUUAUUGCCAUGUCUUUGUUUCAGAAAUCAAAUUUGUUUUGAAAUGGUA